AUGUUGACUUCCAGCAUGUUGAGGGUUAGGGAACCGAGAUAUGGGCACUUUGUUUUCCUGAUCUUGCUAUUCGCACACGGGGUCCCGGCUACAUACAUACCAACUACCGUACAAAACAGUACCAAUAGUACUCCAGAGGCGACUGGGACGCAACCUAAAACUGAUGUGCCAGUGGCAACAGCGCCUCCCUCCGACUUAGGACGAGCUGGUCUCGGCACUACCACCCCCCCUGAUUCCGGCGCCCUGAAUUUGACGGUGGCUAUUGGUACCCCUAACUCACUUGACUCCCAUGAGGGCCUCAAACUAAGCGAUGAAGGUAAUAAAAAGCGGGUACGCCCAGGCGAAAUGUUGCAAUCCCAGUUUAGGGUGGUUUGCAGCGCGGCGACCGAGGUAUUUCGCAUGAACCCGGAUCCGGCUGCAUAUCCUCGUUUUCUGGAGACCAGGAGAGGCGAAAAUUUACCAACUCUUGCAUCCCGACCUAAUUACCAGCAACAAGUAGCGAGCGGGACCCGAUCCGAAGCUGCCGUACGACAGUAUAUACGCAGGGUUCUGCUUGGCCGGUGUUUGCGUUGCAAUUGUGAUCAGGCAACUGGCCAGCUGAUAGCGAAUCCAAGGCCAAGGGCACCCGGUAGCCGAGCGCCACCUACAGGUUGUCCGCCCGGUGAUCAAAUGCCGGAGAUAUGUAUGAGCUGGUAUAAUUGUCGCUGUCAAGCUAUGGUUUCCGAAUUUGGGACCCGAGUUGCAACUGCACCGAGACCAAUGGAUGGCCCAGAGUUAAUUCAAAAUCUAGUAAACCCUGUCCCCAUGCCUAGUGCGGCAGGGCGUACGGUCCCAUUCCAACACCUAUUAGAUGCAGUAAAUAUGGCUAUUGCAGCGGAUACCCUUGAUGAGCUCGCAGAUUCCCAGGACCCACCACUUUAUGGCCCUGAAGACCUAGAUUAUAGGUAUGGCGGCCCUUCAGGAGGCAAGGGCAAGGGCAAGGCCUGGUUCUUCGGCGGUGGUUAUAAUCCCUACGGCGAUGGUUAUAAUCCCUACGGCAACGGAGGGGCUGGUUCUGGCUCUGGCAUUGGGCUGAAAAAGAAAAGUGAGAUAGAGCCACCGUUGAAUGAAAUCGAGGAAAGUUGA